CGCCCUGUGUGCGUGAGGCGCCUGCGGCGCGGGCCGCCCAGUUCCCCCGCCUCUGCGCCGGCUCGGCCGCGACGCGGAGCUCCUCCCGCCUCCCCUAAAUCCCCGCCCCGCCUGCGCGUCACUUCCGCCACCCCCGGCUGGGGUUUGGGGCGGGAGCGCGGGGAGGGGGCCAGGUUGGAGGGAAGCCCGCCCGCGCCGGCGCAGGGACUACAUUUCCCGAGGGGCCUCGGCGGCGGCGGCGGGCGCGGCGACGUCCCCCGGAAGUGGAGCCCGGGACUUCCACUCGUGCGUGAGGCGAGCGGAGCCGGAGUCGCGACCAGAGGCCGAAGUCGGGAUCUGACAAGAUGGCCGGGCUGCCCCGCAGGAUCAUCAAGGUCUUAAACUGGCAAGAGGCAGAACUUGGAUCUUGACCAGUGUGACUCUCCCCUGUCUCUUGUUAUUGGGAAAUGACAGAGGAAACCCAGCGUUUGCUGGCAGAGCCGGUUCCUGGGAUUAAAGCAGAACCAGACGAGAGCAACGCCCGUUAUUUUCACGUGGUCAUUGCUGGCCCCCAGGAUUCCCCCUUUGAAGGAGGGACUUUUAAACUUGAACUAUUUCUGCCAGAAGAAUACCCAAUGGCAGCACCUAAAGUACGUUUCAUGACCAAAAUUUAUCAUCCUAAUGUAGACAAGUUGGGAAGAAUAUGUUUAGAUAUUUUGAAAGAUAAAUGGUCGCCAGCACUGCAGAUCCGCACAGUUCUGCUAUCGAUCCAGGCUUUGUUAAGUGCUCCUAAUCCAGAUGACCCAUUAGCAAAUGAUGUAGCGGAGCAGUGGAAGACCAACGAAGCCCAAGCCAUAGAAACAGCUAGAGCAUGGACUAGGCUAUAUGCCAUGAAUAAUAUUUAAGGCGGCCCGAUCAUCAAGUUUGUGUCACUUCUCCUGUUCUGCCAAGACUUCUUCCUUUUUUGUUUGCAUUUAACGGACACAGUCUUAGAAACAUUACAGAAUAAAAGCCCAGACAUUUUCAGUCCUCUGGUGAUUAAAUGCACAUUAGCAAAUCUAUGUCUUGUCCUGAUUCACUGUUGUAAAGCAUGAGCAGAGGCUAGAAGUUUCAUCUGGAUUGUUGUGAAGCGUUUAAAAGCAGUAGCCUUCUGCUUUUAUUCAUUUCCCCCAUCAUGGUUUAAGUAUAAAGCACUGUGAACGAAGGUAGUUGUCGGGGUUAGCUGCAGGGGUAUGGGUGUUCUUUAUUUUAUUUUAUUUUAUUUUAUUUUAUUUUUUGAGGGGAAAGGUAGUUUCAAAAUUUUAUGGGCUCCCCCCUUUUAUGGUGAUCUAAUUGCAUUGGUUAAAAAGCAGCUAACCAGUACUUUUAAGAUAUGCUCUCUAGCCAAGUCUAACUUUAGAUGCUGUAGACGGACAAGCUGAUUGUUUGAACCAAAAUGGGAACAUUAACAAACAUCACAGCCCUCACUAAUAACAUUGUGAUUUUGCAGUCAAGUGUAGAGUACCCCUUCAAAAAAAGCUUGUGACCAUUUUGUAUGGCUUGUCUGGAAACUUCUGUAAAUCUUAUGUUUUAGUAAAAUAUUUUUUGUUAUUCUACUUUGCCUUUGUACAGUUUAUUUUACUGUGUUUAUUUCAUUUUCCCAAUGUGACAAUCGUAUUUAAAAAUUAAAAUCGAUGGAACAUUCUGCUUUGGUCUUCACCAUCUGACAAAUAGAAUGGCAAGAGAUGGAUUUGCCAAUUUCUUUCCACUGAUGCAAAUUUGUGUUAUCACUGAAUGGAGUAUUUAUAAACAGGAGCUGAGCAUGCAUAAAGCGUCAGUGUCUGACCCUUUCUCGCCCCCUAGAAAUUCGAAUAAAUGUUCUGUGUUAUCUGGUCAGGUGCUCGUUGGUGUCUUGCCGUAGUGUUGGAAAAGCACUGCACAGGAGUGUGGCAGCAAAGAACGCAGCUGUGACUGACAACUCAGACUUCCACAUUGUGCCACCUUUUUUUCCCCUCAAAUGUGGGUUAUGACCUUUUUCUUGGUUCUUGUCUGAAAACUUCAUGUGUUACCAUUGGCGUGUGAUUAGGAAACACCAGUGUGAUAAUCAUUUGGGGUUUGCAGAGAUAUUUGUCAAGUUUCCCUCAUGGAACUAAGAGGAAAUCUCAAGCAAGCAGCUUGCAUAAGCAUCAGAAAGAUUUCUUCCUUGAAGCGCACCAGAUUUUCAGUUAAUGAGUCUUGCAUCCAUCCUAAUAUGCUGUGUGAGCUUUUAUUCUUUAAUUUGGUUUCAGUAAAUUUUUCAUUAAUAAGAGUCUUCCCUCACAAAACUGUUCUUUCCCACGUCUCUCCACAUCUGAUUUCCAGUUUUUGUUACUAAGUCUUACGUAGCCAGUCAUAAAUGUGUAAAUGUUAACCUUUGGGUUGGGAUCAUUGUCUCUUGCGGUUUAAGGUAAUGGAUAUUGUAGCCCAUCUGCGUUUUCCUCACUCGUAUUCUCAUGACCUCUGGCAUUUCUUAAGAAUGUGGUGUAUUUUAUUGUGCUCCUAUGUAAGAUGAAGAAUUAUCUAUUAAAAUUACAUUUUCAACAUACAAAA